UUUCUCUCUCACUCAAACACACGUGAAUCUACUUAUCCCUCUCUCCCUCUCUCACAUCCUCUAGCUGUCUUUCUCACUCAUUCACCUAAUAUAUUCUUUCUCCACAUCAUUCUUCCUAUUUUAGCACCAAACAUUCGACCAUUUCACCAGAACCACUUUGGCUUUCACAGCACUUUUUUUUUAAAACCAAAAAAAUAAUAAGCUAAAAAGAAAGCCAACACCAAAAGCGAACAAAACUAAAACCAUUUUUAUUGCUAAACUUUUCAGGAAAACAAAAAAAUCCCAAAAGUUUAACAACGACUCACAAACACUUCUUUUAUUGCUACUGUUGUUGUUGAUGUUGCAAUCGUUAGUAGAAAUAUUAAUAACGGUAGAAGAUGUAAUAUUUAAUUAAUUUCAGGGUCCGUUUUACUAAUUAGCUUUCGAUCAUCUCUCCGCACACAUAUUCCUUUUUGUCUCGAUCUAACGUGUAUUACUUUUUUUUUCCUUAAGAUAUCAGAAUAUAUCUUAAUAUUUCAAAAUAUAUCUUCCUUGUUCCUUUAUAACAAAGUCUUUCCUUUUCUCUCACCUUGUCACAAAACUCUUUCACAAAACUCAUCAUCUCUCGCCAUCUCAUACAUACAUACAUACACACGCACAUAUAUAUAUAUGCAUACAAUUGUCAUAUUCUUCACCCACACGCACUUCUAAACUUUUUCCUUCCUUCCUUUUUAUCUUAUACGAGACAUUCUCUUCGUUUCCUCAUAAUUCACAUAGAACCCCUCCCUAAAAUACAUAUCCCGGCAAGGUUAUCACCACCACUACCAACAUCAUCAUCAUCAUCACUACCAUCAAUACUACUACUACAACUCUUACUACUACCACCACCACCAUCACUACUACGACUAUUGGUUUUCUAGAAAGAAAACACCAAGACUAGAAGCAAAAAGUAAAAAAGAAACAAAACAAAAAAAAAAAGCAAUUCACUACCACUACUGUUACUAUCACCACAAGCAUAACAACAACAACCACCACCAUCACCAGUUAGAAAAAGCAACACACAGCGGAUCCAAACAAUAUUUACAAUCCACAUCAUCAGCAGUAAUAAUUCAUCACCGUCAACACUUUUUCUUAUAUCUAGAAGGAGCUCGGUCACGCACACACAUCGCGUAUCAUAUCCACAACACAUAUCAUAUAUUUAUGUAGACACAUAGAUAAUACGUAUCAUAUAUGCAUAUAUAUAUACAUACACACACCUAUAUCAUAACACAUAAUCGUAUAUGUAAACAUAAUAUACAUCAUAUAUGCAUUAAUAUAUAAAUAUAUAUAUAUAUGUAUAUACAUUAAUAUAAUACACACACACACAUCACAACAUACUCACAUCACGCAUUCCACGAGUAAAUAUUAAUAAUAAUAAUAAUUAAAAACCCCAAAAUGCAUCUUCUGGCACAUGUCUGCCUGUGUCUUGUGGUCGCCCUACACACGGUUCGAUCGGAGGUUUUCACAGCUAUGGUGGAACUCGAAAAGACACUACAAACUGAACAGGAGAUAGCGAUUCUACUCAAAGACUACAUUGAAAGUGAGGAAGCAAGGCUGGCGCAUUUGAAAAGCCUUGCUGAGGAUUAUGACAGGCACAGUACUUUUGCUCUGGAAAAUCCAGAUCACUUUGUUGGAAAUCCGGUCAAUGCAUUUCUCCUAGUCAAACGAUUCACCGUGGACUGGGACAAAGAAUUCCAGUUUUUAAAGGACAACAUCACAAAUGAAUUAGUUUCCACGAUAGAAAUCAAGAGACAACAUCUUCCUGACUAUGAAGAUCUUAAUGGGGCAGCAGCCGCUCUUUUGCGACUGCAAGACACCUACCAGUUGGAUACUGCUGAUAUUGCACGUGGGGAAGUUGGUGGUGUGAAAACCCAAGAACUCACAGCCGCAGACUGCUACGAACUUGGUAGAAUCGCUUAUCAUGAUGAUGACUUCUACCACACUGUACUGUGGAUGGACGAAGCGUUGCUGCGUUAUGAUAAGGAAACGGUUAAGACAAUCAAUAAAGAUGCCUUAUUGGACUAUUUGGCUUUUGCCACGUUUAAGCAAGGAAAUGCACAUUUAGCUUUGGUCUUAACCAACGAACUGUUGGAAAUUGACCCUAGUCACCAGAGAGCCAAAAAUAAUAAAUUCUACUUUGAAAGAAUGCUUGAAGACGAAAAAUUUAAAGGACAAAAACGUGGCGAUACUGGAUUACAACGAGUGAAGAAUCCUCGCAAUAUCGAUGACUACCGUAAUUCUGAAGAGUUCUAUGCAUAUGAGAGCCUGUGCCGAGGGGAAGAUAUUAUGCCAAUCAAAAAUGCCCACAAACUAAAGUGCAAGUAUGCCUGGUAUGGCCACCCAUAUUUGUAUUUAGCCCGAGUCAAGGAGGAAGAGAUGCACUUCGAUCCCUGGCUAGUAGUUUAUCAUGAUAUCCUUUCAGACAACGAAAUGAACUUUGUGAAGAGUUUUGCCACACCAAAGCUAAACAGAGCAACAGUACAGAAUUCAGUAACAGGAAAAUUAGAAACAGCAACAUACCGUAUCAGUAAAAGUGCUUGGUUGAAAGAUGCAGACCACCCAAUUUUGUCCAGAAUCAACAAGAGAAUUGGAACUGUGACAGGUCUCAAUGUGGAAACUGCUGAGGAACUUCAGGUCGCCAACUAUGGAAUCGGUGGCCACUAUGAACCUCAUUUUGACUAUGCAAGGAAAGAAGAAAAAAAUGCCUUCAAGAGACUUGGCACUGGAAACAGGAUAGCAACAUUUUUAAUAUAUAUGUCUGAUAUUCCAAGCGGUGGAGCAACAGUUUUCCCUUAUAUUGGACUGAAGUUAUUUCCCAAAAAAGGCACAGCCGCAUUCUGGUACAACUUGCACAAGAGUGGAGAAGGAAUCUUCAAUACGCGACACGCCGCCUGCCCAGUCUUGGUGGGUAACAAAUGGGUAAUGAACAAAUGGAUCCACGAGCGAGGCCAAGAAUUUCGACGACCAUGCAGUUUAAGCUCCAAGUUAUAGAACAAUUUUAGACUCCUAAUCAAUAGAACUGGAAAAAAAAAAAUAAAUAAGUAAAACAAAAAUAUAAAUAAAAUCUCCAUCCAAAACUAUCAUCACUAACUACUGCCCUGGACUCAUGUUCCCUAUUUCUUCCUCUUCUUCCUUUGUUCUUUCCUCUCACCUAUUCUCCUCAUCCCCACCUCCCUCUCUCUCAUGUCUUGCCCUGAGUUUCAGGCUCAUUUUUGUUUUGCUUCACUCCCCUUCCUCGUCUCUUCUCUCAUCUGUCUUGUGUCUGUCUGUGCGUCUCUCUCUAGUGCUCAUCUACACAUCAAAACUCCUGCAUUCUCCGGAAAACAAAGCAAAAAGAAAAAAAAACGUUGUGGUGGUGGUAGUGGUGUUGGAACUUUGAGAUAUAUGCCCCAGUAUGGGCAUAACCAGGUGAUUGACUGAAACCAGCACAAGUAAUAUACAGUAAUAUAUUAUAUAUGUAGGUGUUUAUGUGUGUGACAUCAUGGUCUAUAUUAUAAGUGCUCCCUCUAACUCAAAAUUGAAUUUGUUUUACUUGUGCAGUGCUUUUAUACAUCAGGAGAUAGGUUAUAUACCUCAGACCAGAGAUUCGAAUUUAUUUUGAGCGUGACUUGAGUAUAUGGUGCUGACGAGCUGAAAUAACAGUGAAAUAUUGAUAUCCACUGUUCUCGUUCACCUACAGAGCAAUUCAUUUCAUCUGGUUUUGAGGUACAGUGUUUUUUUUUUAAGACUCUAUCUCUUCAAGGUACUUUCCCUGGAUGAAAUACCGCAGCCUAAAAGCGCUUAAGCAAAACAUGUCCGUUAAGUAUGUGACAUCAAUAAUGUUUAUAUGUGUGCAGACAUACAUAUCUACAUAUGUAUAUAUAUAUUUCUAUGUCCACUGUGGAAACACUAUAUAACAUGAUUGACACACUUCCACAGUGUCUACUGUGUUGUAUGAUGGUUGUUUAAAUGUAGAAAAUUACAAUAACAAAACAAAAAGUUGAACAAAUCAUUGAAGAACUUUUAUGCCAUUUAAGAAUAUUAUUUUAAAAUACCAACAAAUAUUUUAGAUUUUUUUAAUAUAUUCUUUCGUUUUUUAUUUAAUAUCUAAAAAAAAUUCUUUUUCCAUUAAAUUUUUUUUUUAACAUUGCUUGUUGUAGUAGAGGUUGGAAAGAUUGUUCAGAAUUCUCAUUUUCCCAGAUCUAGCCAUCGACUCAUCUAAAACUCCCUUGAAUCUCUGCCCAUCCUCUCACUCCAUUUUUGAUAUUUGCAAAUCAUGGGCUGAAAUUCUACAUACCAAUAGAUGUUUUGAAGCUAUCAAAAAUAUAAAAACAUAUCCUACUUUGCUGGUUUCCUCAACCCCUCUUCCAAUAUGCUCCCUUCUCAAACUAUAUCCCUGUCUAUCUUGCCCUUUUCGGCUCUAUGUCUGCCUCUUUAUAUCUAUCUGUCUACUCCUGUCUAUUUGCUUCUCUCUCCCCUUUCAACUGCCUUUAUUCGCAAAGUCUAACCCUAAGACGCUUCAUUUAAAACCAUUUAUUUUUUUCUGGAAGAACAGAACAAAUUGUCCACAAUGCUUUUUUUGAAAAAAAGAAAAAUUCCCCCCAAUCGUCUUACAUAGCCCACAUCCAAAAUGGCUCGAGUUUUUAGAUUCUGUCUCCUCCCUCCCCAGACACACACCACUACCAUCACUAUACACCACCGCCGCCGCUUUUGAAGAUUUUCAAAGGCCUCCUUCCCUUUUCCAUUUCCCUCUGACCCUGGUUUAAAAAAUACAAGAAUAUAUAAAAUAUAAGAUGGAAAAGAAAAUCUCAAGAGUCUCAAAAUUUCUUAAAUUCUUCCAAAAACAAAAGCAAUAACAAUAUUCUUUAUCAAUUUCUUGUCCCCCAAAUCUUUUUCUCUUAUUUUUUUUAAUAAACAUUAUAUAUAUAAUAUAUAUAUAAAAAAGACUUUGAAUAUAUAUAUAUAAUUAAAAAUAAAGACAAUAACUAAAAAAAAUACAAACUUUAAAAUCCAAGAAAAUAUGUUGAACAGAAGAAUGAAUGGAAAUAAUUUUGCUUGGCAUCGGAGGAAGAAAAAAUGGUUUUUAUUAUCUUUUUUUUUUCGUUUUUACAUUUUUUUUUCUCUUUUUAUUAUAUUUUUUUUUUUUAAGAAAAAAGAAAUUUGCAUGAAGAAAACAAAAGAAAACUUAUCUGAAUGAAUUUGCCUCUUAAAAGAAUUUGUUGCUUU